GAUGAGCAUGGGCUACAUAGACGUCUACUGUUACCACACAGUGCUGCGGUUUUCCAUCAAGUACGCGACGUAAUUUUCUAGUACUCGUUCUGUUUGCGUUUUUUUUUUUUUUUCAUAUUAUUUAAAUCGAGAAAUUUUUCAAAAAAUGGAAAAACAUAAGUUUUGGUUUUCGAAACGUUUUGUCGUCGGUAUAUUGGCUUUUUUCGGAGAAAUGAAUAUAUUCGCGUUGAAAGCUAAUUUGAACAUAGCUAUACUGGAUAUGACUAGCAAUAAGACAGAAAUCAUCGAAGGCAAUGUGACAAUUACUCGGAAUCCAGAAUUUGAUUGGGAUUCCAAAACGAAAGGUUUCGUUUUAGGUGUGAGCGAAUACGGAGCGAUAUUGGCACCGCUGGGAGGAUACCUUGCGAUGAGAUAUGGAGGCUCGACUGUUAUCACAAUUAGUAAUCUAAUUGCAUCGAUUUUGACCGUACUGACUCCGUUGGUCAUUCGAUUCAGUUUGCAUCUUUUCAUUAUAAUUCGAGUUAUCGAAGGAAUAACACAGGUUUUCAGGUUCGUCAGUUUUCCAGAAUUAUGGUCUCAAUGGUCGCCUAACAGAGACAGAUCUAAACUCAUGGCUAUAUCAUUAACGGGAUUAUACGCUGGACCUGCCAUAGUUUAUCCUGUUUUCGGAAUUGUCACAAGGAAUUACGGCUGGGCAUCCACAUUUUACUUUUCAGGUGGCUUCUCUCUUGUAUGGUCCCUGAUAUGGGUUCUGCUGGUACCUAAUAGCCCUGCAAAGGAUAAGUGGAUAUCCAGAGAGGAACUUAAUUACAUACAGCAAGACCCGAAACGAUCCAGGCCAAAAAAUAUACUAAAAAUAUGGAAGAGUAUGAUCUUUAGCAAGCAAGUCUAUGCAUUGGGAGUAGCCAAACUCGUCUACAAUUUUGGAACCACAAUAACUGUGGUCUGCUUACCAAUGUUCAUUCAAGAUAUCACUGGAAGCAAAAUCGAUAAAGUCGGUUUCUAUUCAGCUUUACCAACUUUUAUAAAUAUAUUCACCACUCCUCUGGUUGGGUACAUUUUGGACUACGUGAAUAAUAAGUUUCAUUCAAUCAACACGAAGGCAUACAAAAUUUCUGCUAGCAGUGCAUUCGUAUUAGGAGGAAUUUUACUGCUCACCAUAGCUCAUCUGCCAAAUAAUUUCAUCCUUCUAAUGACGUGUUUAAUCCUAUUCAAAACGACUUUAUCUGUAAAUCAAGUGGUCUGCACCUUGAAUGCCAUAGCAUUGGCACCAAAAUGUUCCAGUGUUUUGGCUAGUUUCUUAGCAUUGUUCCAUAUGCUGGGUUCAGUAAUUGGCCCACUCAUUAUAGCAUUCAUAGUAACAGGACAUAGCGCUUCUCAAUGGAACACCAGUUUCAUUAUAUUUGCUAUUAUAUCAUUCGUGGGAGCAAUUAUCUUUUCAAUAUACGGAUCUGCAGAGCCUCAACCGUGGUCGUAUUCUACCGACGAGCGUAACAAGAAAUCUGAUCAAUCGCAAGAUAAUCAAUCAACCAUUACUUACGUAACAUAAUCUUAAUGAAGUUCUCGCAAUCGUAACCUCGAUUUGGAUAACCUUUAUAUAUGUAGAUGACAAUUUAUGAUGAGUUACAACGCCACAGACUUGCCAAAUAGAGAACAGGGGAGGCAGAGGAGGUACCUCACCCCGACCUCUCCCCCCCUCAUUUCGACAGAAAAAUUUAAGCGAAAAGUUGUGUGAGUUGGGAAAAUUUGAAAAUUUGGGAAAGUGGGAAAAUCAAAGAAUUACCAAAAGCCAUGGUUUCUUACUUAUUGAAUGAUAUGUGAAAUCAAAAGUAUUUCGCUCUCGCUUUGUUCGGGCCAGAUCAUUUUUUUUCCUUUCCCCAACCAAAGUGGAGAGUGGAAAAAUAAUUUUCUUUUCAUGCCAAAAAUCUGAUUUAAUGUAUUAAUAUGAAUAAAUUUUCCAAAAAAAUUUCUCUCUAAUGCAUUUAGUCAAAACUGUCAGAAAGUACCAACUUCUGCUGAAAUAUCAAACAAAUUCCCAAUUUUUCGCCGAAAAUUCAGAAACAAUAAUUUUUAAUUUUCGCCAAAAUUGGUUAUUUUUGAAAAUAUAAAAAUUACCGUGUCGGAGUUCUCAAAAAAAAAUGGAGAAUUGUGAAUUUUCGAGAGCUUUCGCCCUCGCCUCGCUCGGACUAGAUCAUUUUCAUUUUCCUUUUCUUUUCUCUCAUCUACGAGUAACUAAGUUGAAGGGUUGAGAAAUUUACUUCUAACACCAAAAGUAAUGUUUUACUUUUGAAAAAGCAUCAAUUUUCUCGAAGUCUUUUUACUUUCGCUCGCUAGGACAGAUUUAAAUGCUGUGCAAUUUUUUAAAAAUUUCCAAAAAUGAAAAAUACCUUCAGAAAAAGAAACAUAACCAAAUAAAUACCUAAAGAGUUUUUUUUGUGAGUGUUUGGUACGAGUAUAAAAAAUUGCAAAAUAAUGAAAAAAUGUGCGAGAAUUCUUUUUAAAAUACGUACUAAAAAGCACAAAAUUUUGGCGUUAAAAGUUUUAAUAUUAAAAAUGAUUUUUUUGUACCUCAUAAAUUGUAAAUUUUCAGGUUCUAUUCUCUUUUUGAUUUUAAUUUUCGAAGGCCAAAAGGAUGAAAAAAAAAACACGAAAAAAAUUGUGAAUUUAUGGUUUUAGAUUUCAGUACUUAUCAGCAUUGCAAUAUCUAGAACAAUCCAAAUUUUCUGUUAAGUGUUUACUAUAAAAGUGUCGUUUAUAAACAUUUAAAAUUAUUCAACAUUUUUGUUUCCAACUCCCCCUUCCAAAAUUUAUUCGAAUCACAUCUGGCUAAUUAGCAUGAAAAAUGCUCGAGUAGGGGGGGGAGGAGAUAAAGAAUUGGAAAAAUUUUCAGUCUCACUCCCUUCCCCCCACCCCAACGAUACAUCAUUUCAUCAUGCCUCUGUACAACUACCAACAUGAAAUAAAUUUCAUGAAAAGUUCGAUGUCAAUAAUUUAAACAUUUCUUAUCUACAUUUAGGAUCAUGAUCUGCUAUUACUCUAAGAAGACUACAAAGAGAUCUUGGGCUCUAAAAUUCGUUGUUUAUUCAAAAAUCAUAUAAAUAUGGUCAAUGGUCAUUGAGAAUAGGGUUUGGGAUGACUGGAUCAAAUCACAAUUUGAAUCAAAAAUGUCGUUAUUUGAUUCUUCACAAACCUUUUUCUGUUUCUAAUUAGACAUCAUUAAAUUUGCAACAUUUCGCUCAAAUUUUUUAAUAACACAUACUUUAUAAACUUAAACGAUGUUUCAAGCAAUUAUGGGCAAUCUUUCUCAAUUUUAUUAAAUUUUGGCGAUUUUCAAUCAUUUUAUUGACUAUUUUGCAGGUUUCAUGAUACUUUGUAAUUUUUAUCAGAAUUUUUAUUCUAUUUUGAUGAUGUAUAAUUAACUAUAUUGGCAAUAUUUAAGAAUUUACGCAAUUUUCACGAUAUUUUGCUCGAUUUCUGAAGUACAUAUUUGUUUACUAAUUUUUAUUUCUUUUUAUGCCAUUUGAAUAAUUUUAACCGCAGUGUUAUACAAUUAUUCUUCCCUGAAUUUUGUUUUAUUACUGAAAUUUUAUCACUGUGAUAUUUUUCAUCAAUUUAAACACAACCUAACAAUUUUCAACAUGUUGUCAUGACGUUUCAUACAAAAUUUUGAUUUUCGAUAGAUUUUGCAAUCGAAUUUCAUCAAUUAUUAUUGAUGAGUUUCAAUGAUUAUGGUGCUUCUUACGAGUUUAAUAUGAGGUUUUAGUUUUAAACAUUGUGAAGUAGCACAUGGCCACUAUUAACAAGGUAAAAUUAGGCCUAUAUACGAAACGAAUCUCCGAGCAUGCGCGAAAAGGUCAGGAGGUAUUGUACCUAGGUACGUUAGACUAUGGCAUAAGUUCAAUCUAACGGUUGCUGCUCGAAGAAGCACAGCUUUUAGACGUAGCAACGUAAAUUUUAAUCUGUUUCCUUUCCGGUUAAUUAGUAUUUUUUUUCGGUGAUGUGUAUACCUAUUUCAUGUUAAACUGGUGAUUUUUGCGUAAUUAAUCAACGAUUCGUCAUUCGUAAAUCAUACUGUCGUGUAAAAAAUAGUAAUCUUUCGUAUGUAUUCGUUUACUCGCGAUUUCUUUAUGUAGAUAAUUAUGUUUUUUACGUGCUUUUUAUGUCAAUUUCGUAUGUAAUGUGUCAAAUAUUCACGUAUUGUUCGAUGUACAAUAACUUUUUUAUCUCAGGUCAUUCAUAAAUUGACGUGUACUUAUUGUAUAACACGUGACUACAUUGCAAAAGAACUCCUCUCUCUAUUAGUUUAUUACAACACCUCUUGAGAAAGUUGUAUGCAAUUUUUGUAAAUAGACGAUUUUUAAUCGUUUUAAUUUA